UUCGCAGACGCACACAGUUCCCUCGUCGUGGGCGCAUGCGCAUCGUUGGCCAGCCGCGAAUCGGAAUCAGUCCAACGGAAUCUCGGUAAAGAUACGGCACGGGAAACGGGACAACACCGACGUUGUAUACGGCUGACGCGGAGGAAUCGCGACGAGAUAGAGCACCAGGCAACUUGUCAAUACGCGGGGCCCAACGCGUCGUCGACCACCCGUUAGCGCUUCAGCAGACGGCGGCGGCGGCGGCGGAGGAGGAGGAGGAGGAGGAAGAGAAGAAGACGAAAAGACGGAGGUGGCGGCGGAGGAGGAGGAGGUGGUGGAAGACAGCAACAAAGCCGUGACUCGUCCGUCGGGAAGUUCGUCUUGGUCCGCAGUCAGGAUGUCGUCGAGAUCCGACAAGCCCGAGCAGGUUUUAAUUAUCGAGCCGCAGAACGAGCUCCGAUUCAGGGGUCCUUUUACAGGAGGCCCAGUCACAUCAUAUAUAAAAUUAAUUAAUCCAACGAAUAGAAAGGUAUAUUUUAAAAUAAAGACUACUGCCCCAAAGAGAUACUGUGUACGUCCAAAUUCUGGUGCUCUCAAGCCAAAGGAUGUCACUGAAAUAGCAGUAUGCUUACAACCAUAUGAUUUUGAUCCAUCGGAGAAAAAUAAACACAAAUUUAUGGUGCAAACUGUGGUAGCACCAGAUGAUGAUGAUGAUGAAUAUCCAACUGAUGUGUGGAAGGAUAUAAAUCCAGAUCAGUUAAUGGACUCUAAAUUGAAAUGCGUUUUCGAAAAUCCCGUAAUUAACACUACUAGUAGCACGGUUAAAAUGACUGCAACUUCUACAACAACUAAGGCGGAUUCUAAUGCAACUAAUGGAAAGAAUAAAACAGUUGGCGAUUCGGUCAAAUCGUCGCCUAAGGUUCUUGGUGAAGCAGAAGAGAAACUUAUAAAAGCUGCGCAAGAGGUUAAUCAGCUUAGGGUAGAGGAAAGCACGCUUAGGCAGGAAAAUCUUCAACUUAGGGAAGAUUUAAUGAAGUGGCGAAAUGCGGCGCUGGGCAACGAUGGUAAUCUUGCAGCAGCCAGAGGACUAACCUCGCAGAGCAAUAGCCAGUUAUCUCCGACAUCAACUAGUAUCCUCAUCGCCUUCGCCAUGGUUAUAGUCGGCUACUUGCUGGGAAAACUAAUCUGAACAGCCUUUAUCUUAUUGUAUACCUCAGUGUAUCCCCACCGCCCCCAAGUUUUUUUAGCCUGUCUUCUGCCGUCAUAUACCAUCAUUCGAUCGCAGGCACAGACUCCAAACGUUGCGUUACUCGAAUGUUCAUAAUAAAUGCUAUAAACACGGA